AUUGGGCGCAUUUUCCGCCUCAGCAACGAUUCAGAUUCAAACGUUAAAGCGAGCAUCAUGGUUGUCCAGAAAGAGGAGAUCAAGGGGGAGGCAGCGUCCGACUUUCAUCCCGCACCCGUGUGGCUGAACGAGUCCUAUCUGGAGUCUUUGCUGCAGAGCAAGAAGAACGAUGCCGGUCUGAGGGUCACCGAGCUGGACAUCAAGCCAGCCACAUCCAAGGGGGAGAACUAUGCCAGUAUUAUGACGCGAGUGAAGGUGUCCUACGUCAAGAGCGGCGCCAAGACUCCCGAGGAAGGCUUCUACAUUGUGAAGACAACCUACGAGAAUGAUCCGUUUAUAUCGAACAUCUUUUCCGGCUACCAGGCUAGCACCACGGAGAUGCUGAUGUACGAGAAGAUUCUGCCCAAGUUGAGCGCCCUCAUCGAUGGUACACAGCAGCCCGAGAAACUGUUCGCCAAGACCCUGCACGUGGACUACGAGCACGAUGCCAUCAUCUUCGAGGAUCUAGCUGUGACCAAGCACGUCCUAGCCGAUCGCUUGGCGGGUUUUGACCUGGAACACACCCACAUGGCUCUCCGCAAGCUGGCCAAGAUGCAUGCCGCCGCCGCUGUGCUCAACGAACGCCAGCCGGGAGUCCUCACAAAGCUGGACCAUGGCAUCUUCAAUCGUCACACGGAGGGCUUUGGCCCCUUCUUUCAGAAUAUGAUGGGAAUGGGGGCAGAGUUCGCCGACACGUGCCCGGAGCUGGGCAGCUACUACGGCGACAAGCUGAGGGCCUUGGUCAAGCGGGUGAUGGAGUACUCCACGCGGGUGUAUGACCCACAGCCAGAUGAGUUCAACACGCUGGUUCACGGCGACUACUGGGUAAACAACGUGAUGCUGCGCUACAGCGAGAAGCAGGAGCCCCUGGACAUGAUCCUCAUCGAUUUUCAAUUCUCCAGCUGGUCCUCGCCGGCCGUGGAUCUGCACUACUUCUUCAAUACCUCGCUGCAAAAGAACGUACGCUUCCAUCAGCAGGAUGCGUUGAUUCAGUUCUACCAUAAGGUGCUCGUGGACACGCUGAAGGAGCUCAAAUACGGUGGCUACAUACCCUCGCUCCGGCAGCUUGUACUGCAGCUGGAAAAGGGUAAAUUUAUGGCCGUCAGUGUGUCUUUGGCCUGCAAUGGCAUCAUGCUGAAUGAUCAGACAGCGGAUGCAGAUUUCCUGGCACUGAUCCAGGACGAUGAGCGAGGACGCAACUUCCGGCGAUUGGUCUACAGCAACAAGAAGUUCCAGGAGUUUGUAAAACACUUUCUGCCCGUCUUCGAUCGCAGCGGUCUGCUGGACGUCACCGACUGAGAGACACAGAGACUUGUAAAUCAAAUAAAAAUAUUCCCCCCAUCUAA